UCUUAUCUCCUGAUAAGACAUAUCGUGUGGAGAUACUGCACAUGCUCAAUUUGGUGGGUAUUGCUAGAGAGGGGUUUUUUUCAUGGUAGAGUGCAAGUGAUCAGCACAGGGCCAAUCAGUACUUUCCAGACAGAGAUCAGGGGUUCUGCAUCCUCCUAGAGGAGAAAUAAAUCUCCUCCUACAAGCUUUAACAUGUGCUCUGCUUAAGUCACAAGACUGCUCUAACUGCUGAUGAGAAAAGCUAUUUAUCACUUUAUAUAUACUAGAAUAACUGCACUUCCAUAUUCCGUGUACUGUGGGAGACCAGAUAUAGUAAACGCAAAAUCCUGG